AUGAUAGAAGAAGGAUGUAUUGAGUGUACAGAUAAGGAUACAUCCUUAUGUGUUCGUGCCAAAUGUGUAACAGGAAAAUGGUUAACAAACAGACCUAGACGAGGACCAGAAGUAAUGUGGGGGCCAGGUGAUAUAGGGGCAGAUUUAAAGAAACUGUCUAAUGCUAUGACCACUAAUAGUGAAUCUAUGGGGGAUGAAUGUCAAGACUUUGCGGGGAAGAUUAGUACAAAUAAUAGUGCUCAUAAAAAGGCAUGUGAAUACAUUGUUAAAGGUUUAAGACAUACAUACAAAAUUGAGAAAGAAAGAGAGGAGAAUGCCGAAGAUAACCAAUUAUUUAAGAGAACAAUGUCAUGCGCUUUAUUGAAUGCCUACGCUGAUCUCCUUCAAGAGAAAGCAAAGGACACAUGCCCCAUCACAGAUCAAAAUAUAAAAGAUAUGUUUAGUAAAGGGAAUGAAAAGAAGGAAGAUUGGUGCAAAGAGGGGGGUGGCGAUUGUGUUGAAUGUAGAAGGGAUAAGACCUAUGAAAGCUGCAUGAUAGGGGAUAGUAAAAAUCAAACCAAUGUAAAGAGCAAAGUAAAUCAAAUGCUCAACGAGGACCAAGGAAUACAGAAAACUCUAUCUACUAUAGAUAUUUUAUGUAAAGACUGCAGCAAGGAAACUGGAUUAUGUGCUCGCGUAGAUUGCGUAACAAAGAAAUGGGGUGUACACAAAGGAAAGAGUCCAACCUGGGAAAACAUGCAGAAGGACAUCGAGCGGAGGGCCAAAGAUAUGUUUGAACAUAUAUUUAAGAAUAGCAAAAAUAUGGAACCUUAUUGCAGUAAACUUUCAAAUGAAGAUAGUAGAAUAGUCACGGACCCAGAGAUAAAAGCAUGCCAUUACAUUACUGCAGGAUUAAAACAUAUGUACGAAAUUCAAGAUGAUAAGAAGGAUAAGGUGGAUGAGAAAAGGAAGGCUAAAGACGAUAGAAUAUUUAAACAAACUAUGGAGUGCCUUUUAUUAAAUGCUUAUGCAGAUGAAUUGAGAAAGCAUGUUACAUCUCCCUGUGAGGUCAGUGAGCAAACAAUAAAACAAGCAUUUAAUAGAGGGAAUGGGCAAAUUACGAAAUGGUGUAAGGAAGGGCCGAGUAAUUGUAUUAGGUGUGAAUGGGAUGCAGAAUAUAAAAAUUGCCAAAUAGGCAAAAGCGGAGAAGAAGAAGAACAACAAGUAGGGCCUAAGUUGCAUAAUCUGCUCAGUCAGAAUAAAGAAAAAGAAAAUUUAGAUCAAGGUAUAAGUUCCAUAAAGAACUUAUGUGAUCGUGCACAAUGUGCAAUAACACAAAGGACCAGAGACAGAAGAACAGAGGGCACAGCGAACUGGGAGAAUCAAAUUUGGGAUACAGACGUCAAGAAUAGACUGAUAGAACUAUCUAAGGCUAUGGCCCAAGGAAAUGGAAUCGACGCAAGUUUAUGUGAACAAAUUCCGGAUGGAAAUAAUGCAACUCCAGGGUCUCAUAAAAAGGCAUGCCAAUACAUCACUAAAGGUUUACAGCAUAUUUAUGGUAUUGGGGUGGAUAACAAGGACAAACCUGAUCACAAAGAGAAUAAUCGAAUAUUUAAACAAACCAUGACCUGUCUAGCAUUAAACGUAUUCGCAAAUGAAAUACUGGGUGAAAAAUGUUCUAUCCAGAAAGAAGAAAUAAAAAAAGCGUUUGAGGCCGGUGGAAGUCCUUAUAACCAAUUGUGCCCUAAAGGUAGUAUGUGUGAAAAAUGUGAGUGGGACGAAUGUGCAGAUUUUAUAAUUGUAGGGCAGGGCAAACGGCCAAAAAUAAAAGGGGAACUCGAAAAGAAUAAAGACAUAAACCAAAUUCUAGAGAAAAUCUGUCCAAAAGACGAACCACAAGCUGCGGCUAAACCAGCGGCCACUAAACCAGCACCAUCAGCACCUGAAGGCAGGAAUGACAGUUCAGCAGGGGAGGAUAUUCCACCAGCACCAGGACCAGUUUCCCAGGAACCACAGCAAGUAGCAAAGAAAACAGAGGAAAGUCCAGAUGCAGGGACAGGUACUACAAACGUUCAGGAUGAUAAGUUAAAUGGUCAAAAAGAUCCAGAACAUCAAGUUGGUGGUGGUGGUACUGGUUUAGGGAGUGGUAGUGCUGAUGCAGGUGAUGCUGUCAGUACUGGUCUUCUAGGUGAUCCAAGUGUUGGUACAGUUCCUCAGGGUGGUAGUGCUGGUGUACUGGGUGGCUUGGUACCUGGUGCUCGUGGUGUCGUACCUGCUGUUCCAGAUGUAGGUGGUGUCCCAGGUCAACGGGAUAGUUCCCCUGCUCAGGGUCCAGCUGGUCCCCCAGGUAGUGCAUCUAGUCCAGGUGGUGCUGGUGGUGAGGGGGGUGGUUCCAGCGGUAACCAAAAUACUGGUAGUCCAAGACCAGGGACCAGCAAAAGCAUCAUUAACAAAGACAAGGAUAGGAAGAUUACCAUCCCCCCCUACGAAGUUCCUAUUAUAAUGGGUCUUUCUGCUAUGAGUUAUUUCCUUUGCAAGUAUUUUUUCCUCCGUAAAAGAAGAAAACGUUACAGAAGAGGUUAUGAAGGAUCUGGUACAUCUUUGCAGGAACAAAUUAUCCAACACGUAGAAGAGGAUGGUCCACAUGAAUAUACCUUAGUAAAGGAACGACAUCCACCAAGAUCUGCUCCAACAAGAACAAAGAGCCCCCCAAAACGGGCUGCUGGUCACCGCAUGAUUAUUGAUAUCCAUUUAGAAGUCUUAGACGAAUGUCAAGAAGGGGACAGCAAACUGGUCCAACAGGACUUUUUUGAAAUUUUGGUUCAAGAAUUAAUGGGAAAUGAGUUCAUAAAGGAAGACUCUUUUCCUAAGGAAGUUGUCUUCAAGGAAGAUGUUCCUAAGGAACAGAUUCAAUGUUCAGAUUCCGGAUUUAGGGAGGAAGACUUUGUUCAUAAGGAAGAUGUUCCUAUGGAAGAUGUUCCUAAGGAACAGAUUCAAUGUUCAGAUUCCAGAUUUAGGGAGGAAGACUCUGUUCAUAAGGAAGAUGUUCCUGAGGAACAGGUUCCAAGUUCAGAUUCGGGGUUUAGGAAAGGAAGACUUUGUUCCUAA